UAAAAGAGAAAAAAAAAAAGGAAAAAAACAUACAAACUAAACAGAGCUAUGGAAAACACAUCAAGAGCAUUAGUCUUAGCUUUGGUCUUAUGUGUUGCGGUUUUGAUCACUCCAUUAGCAGCUCAUGAUCAACCACCAUCAAAAACUCCACCGAGUUCUCCUAUAGACAUAGAGAAGUGCUGGUCAUCUCUCUUCAACGUCAAUGGAUGCAUACUCGAAGUCUUCCAAUCAGUUUUCUCUGGCAAGUUUGGAAUUGUUGGAAUCUCUUGUUGCAAAGCCUUCUCGACCAUAGAUACUAACUGUUGGCCUCAUAUGUUCCCCUUCAACCCGUUUUUCCCACCUCUUCUUAAAGACAGUUGCGUGCAAAUUGUUCCGAAUUCACCUGCACACAAGUGAAAAAACGAGAGUGAAAAUGGACCAUGGAAUCUCUUCUAUAUGCAUGUUCCAAGUCUUAUCAAUGUCAUUACCAUAUCUAAUAAAAAAAUGAAUUCACAGUGUCCAUUGACAUUUUGCCUUUCAUGAAUUUAAUAUACACACAAAUG